GCGGAAACGUACUUUGUAUAUCCAUUUAAAGUUAAUGAACUCAUAUACCGUCUGAAGUGAACUAUAAGGAAAAUCAUGUUUUAGAUAUAGAUGCAACAAAGUAGCAUUCACAAAUGUUUAGCAGUAUUGAAUUAAAAUUAGUAUAUACGCAAAAUUAAUUUUCUUUUCACGGCAAAUGUACAAAAUGCGAGUGCAUAGUUCGUCUGUCAUCCCUCAAGAAUAAUCUGUCUUCUUAUUUAUACAUCGUAACAAUUUUUAACAAGCAUGGGGAAAAAAGAAACAAAUGCAUCUCCAGGAGAUGGAUUACGAUCUCUGCGGAGCACAAUGUUGUUUCGAGCAAUUAAUUACGAAUUAUAUGUGAAACCGAAUUCUGUGAUAAUGGCAAUGGGUAUAGUUGCAAUAGCAGGUUGUGCUGGUUAUAUACUUUAUAUGCGCAGCAAGUAUGAGAAUAUGGGAUAUUAUUCUGCUGUUGCAGUGGAUGGAUCAGAAACAUUCAAGAAAAAAGUAUCAAAGUGGGAGGAUUAAAUUCCUUUUUAAACUAAAUGUAUUUAUAAUUUAUAUUACAAUUAUAGUUUAGUAGUAAUAAAGACGAAAUAUUUGUAUAA